GCUUCCCAUGCUCCUGAGUCCAGCUCCUAACUGCUUAUCAUUCACUAAGGCUGAAAACGCAAAGCAAAAUAAACCAUGAGGUUGUCCCUGACUGUCCUGCUGGUUACUCUGGCGCUUUGCUGCUCUGAGGGCAAUGCCGUCCCCUGUUUAGAACUUGUUAAGGAACUCAUCAGCUUCUUCUGGAUACCUGACAGCAUAUAUAGGCUACAACUUGCGAAAUUUAACGCACCUACAGAAAUCAGUGAGUCCAAGAUGGAAGUAAAGGCAUGUGUGAAUCAGAUCUCCGUUGAAAACAAAUUGCUAAUUACAAAAAUAUUGGAAAAAAUAUUGGUGGACUGUGGUUUAACAGAUUUGAAUAUUCUUGUACCUUAUGUCCAGGGAUGAUCAGGUGAAAAUGUAAAGGUUUCAACAUCUUGCUCAAUAAAUGACUUGCCCUGC